AUGGUCAAGUUGUCGUCAUCAAAUAUCCAACUUAUUUCAGAAAAUUCAUCUGCUGCUGAUCGUAGUAUUAAAAAAGAUGAAAAAGAACGUCGUUAUGAACAACUUUUCCCUCCAUAUCACCCGUGUAAACCAUAUGUUAUUCAUUUUAUUAAUUCAUUAACAACUGAAGAAGAAUUAAAAAUAUUAUGCAAUGUUAUAAAAUGUACAACUGAUUUUAUAUUUGAUACAGAGUCUGAUAUUCAUUAUCAUGUUCCUGCACUUAUUCAAAUUUUAUUGGUACAACAACACUCAGAACAUUCUGUAAUUUUAUUAAUUGAAACAACUCAUUUACCUGAUAUAUCAUCAUCUCGUUUUCCUGAAAUUCAGAAUUUAUUUUAUCAUUUAUUCCGUAGUGGAACAAACUUAUAUUCAUGGGGAUCAUUAAAAGAUGAAUUAACUCGAUUUGAAAUUUAUCAAUUAUAUUCUUUAUCUAUUCCUUCACGAAUUUUUGAUGUUCAACGGUUAUUUACAAGAUGGUUCGAUGAAUGUAUUCAUAUCAAAUCUGAUGACAAAGAUAAUACAAUUAAUUAUGAUGAUUCAAUUAUUAUUCAUGCACCUGCAUUAGAUCCAGAAUUAUUUUUACCACCAGAAAUGAUGAAUCGUCUUAAAGUUAUGAAUAAUCAAUUAUGGAGUCUUCAAGACGCAAUUGCUUAUCUUUUUUAUAAAUAUUUAUCAAAACGAGAUACAUUAAGAUCAUGGUCUAUUGGUUUAGAUAAACGAUUAUCAUCACGUAAUAAGAAUUAUUCAUUAAAUUAUCGAAAACGUCUUAUUCAAUAUGCGUCAUAUGAUUGUCUAUCAUUAAUGGAAAUAAUAUUAUUUAUGCACGAAAAUCAUUUAUCUGUUCUUCAUGAUAAUGAUUUACAUAUCCAAUCAUUAGGAGAGUAUUUUUUUUAUUUAACUACAAAAUUUAGUCCUUCUCCUUCUUCCUUUCAUUUAGUUAACAAUAGUCAAAUGUAUGAAAUGUUGUUUGACGAUGAAAGCGAUGAAUCUAUGACCGGUCAUGAAUUAAAUGAACGUCAUCAGAUUUCAUCUGAAGCUCAAACAGAUGAACAAUAUUUGAAUAUAUUUUUACAUCCAGUUGAACCUCAACCAAGUGAACAAAUUGAUCAAAUUCGACAAGAAAUUAAUUGUUAUAUAUCGAAUGAUCAAUGUUUAACAAUUGAUCCACAAUCAAAUAAUUAUGAAUAUUAUAUAGAUAUUAAUUCAUCUGAAGAAUCUAAUUAUUAUCAUCAAAUGAAUCAUCAUCAAGAAUUUGAAAUGAAUUAUCAUGUUCAAACAAAUAAUUUUGAUGUUAUUUCUAGUUCUUUAAAUAAAACAAAAUCAAAAUCAACAAGAUCUGAAUCUGCACGAAAAAGAAGAAAUCAAAAAUCAAGUAUACGACAUCGAAAAAAUCGAUAUACCUUUGAAAUUACACGUCCAGUUAAUACCACCAUCACCAACGUUAAGAAAAUUUUACGUUCUUAUGCUGUACCAUAUAUCAAUGUUAAUAUAGUUCAAUCAACACUUUAUAUGGGAUUAACAUCACAAGAUUUCAAGGAUUACUUCAAUCAAUUAUUACCAAUGGACAUAUUUAUUUAA